CGCGCUCUACACCCCAUCGUCGUCUCUCGAUCUCUCUCUGCGAAGGGGAAGGAGGGAAAGCAAACUCCUCCCAUCGCCUCCUCCUCUCUGCAAGCGAUCUCUCUGUCCGGCCUCACCGGAGGAGAACGAAAAGCCAUCUUAAUUAAAUUGCUGUUAUUUUGUAUAUUCAUACUAUUUGUUGUCUGAUCGAGUUUUUGGUUGCAGGCUUCAUCUCUCUGUGAUUGAUUUAUUUCGUUAUUAUCGUUCCUUUAGUAUUUCUAUUGUUUUCUUGGAUUGGUUUUGCGAUUUCUUCUAAUCCCAUGGACGCAGGAAGCUUUUCUUCGUCUGUCUCUUCAGGGAACCGUCGAUCGGCGUCUCGUCGCCACCCUCUCCAGGACGUCCCCUCGAGGCCGUUCAUGCCUUCCAUGCAUACCUCCUCCAGGAAUCCGUCGUCUCGGCAGACUGGAGACAGGUUCAUUCCCGAUCGGUCCGCCAUGGACAUGGACGUGGCGUACUACCUCCUGACCGAGACGAGGAAAGAGAAGGAGAACGCAGCCGCAGCUUCCCCCUCCAAAGAGGCAUAUAGAAAGCUUCUUGCUGAGAACAUUCUAAAGAACAGGACUAGAAUUCUUGCUUUCAGGAACAAACCUCCUGCACCGGCACAGCCUUUCUUUCACGAAGCCGAUGUCGUUUCUUCUCAUCACGUUAAGCCUGCGAAGCAGCGCAGGUACAUCCCACAGUCAGCAGAGAGGACCUUAGAUGCGCCGGAUAUCGUGGAUGAUUACUACUUGAAUCUGCUGGACUGGGGGAGCAGCAACGUGUUGUCGAUCGCACUCGGGAACACCGUGUACCUGUGGGAUGCUGCAGAUGGGUCUACGUCUGAGCUUGUCACCGUGGAUGACGAUGCUGGCCCCGUCACCAGCGUCAGCUGGGCUCCCGAUGGGCGGCACAUCGCUGUUGGCUUGAACUCCUCGGACAUCCAACUUUGGGACUCGACCUCCAAUCGCUUGAUGAGGACUCUCAGAGGAGUCCAUGGAUCCAGAGUUGGUUCUCUGGCAUGGAACAACAACAUUCUGACCACAGGGGGAAUGGACGGGAUGAUCGUUAACAACGACGUGAGAGUGAGAUCUCAUGUUGUGCAGACCUAUCGAGGCCACCAACAGGAGGUGUGCGGACUGAAGUGGUCCGGAUCAGGACAGCAAUUGGCGAGCGGAGGCAACGACAAUCUUCUCCACAUAUGGGACAUCUCCAUGGCCUCUUCGAAUCCAUCUCCCGGUCAAAACCAGUGGCUCCACAGGUUUGACGAUCACAUGGCUGCAGUAAAGGCUCUCGCUUGGUGCCCGUUCCAGAGCAAUCUGCUUGCUUCCGGUGGCGGCGGAGGCGACAGGUGCAUCAAGUUCUGGAACACUCACACCGGUGCGUGUCUGAACUCGGUGGACACUGGAUCUCAAGUAUGUUCCCUGCUGUGGAACAAGAACGAGCGCGAGUUGCUCAGCUCCCACGGAUUCACUCAGAAUCAACUGACCUUGUGGAAGUACCCUUCCAUGGUGAAGAUGGCCGAGCUCACAGGUCAUACUUCACGAGUUCUAUUCAUGGCCCAGAGUCCAGAUGGGUGUACUGUUGCAUCUGCAGCAGGAGAUGAAACUCUUAGAUUUUGGAACGUAUUCGGAACUCCUGAAGAAUCAAAACCUGCGGCAAAGUCUACAACUCGAACACCUUUUAGCAGUUAUAAUCACAUCAGGUGAAGAGUGGAAUAAAGAAGACUCCUCCCUGUUGCUGCAAAAUCUGGACAAAAUGACCAAGAAGACUCCUCUUAAUCUGCAGAUGCUUGCGGAUGAUGAAGACGCUUUCCUGAACAUCAAAAUCUGUAUGUUUUGUCUUGUGAAGAAGGCAGUAGAAAUGCUUGUAUGUAAAUUGAUUGCAUAGUGGCUACUCUUCCGUGGACGUAGGCGAUUGUGCUGCCGAACCACGUAAAAAUCCUGCUGUCUCAUUCUGUGAUUC